GUUUGCAGACGUCAACGUCAAUCUCAUUUCAAAAUGGCCAUCUUUCUAAAAACCUCACGUUGUCAAGUCUAACGAAAACAAUAAAUUCCUUUUAUUGUAAACGUAAUAAAGUUAUAUUUUUUUAUAAUAAUUUAGUAGUUAAGUGAAAUAACUAAUUACCUCAAUAUGGAUGAAACUAAGGAUCUAAAACGAAAACAAGAUAAAUACAGUGAGAAUGAUGAUUAUAGAAAAGAAAAAAGAUCGAAAAAGCGUCGGUCGAGAUCUCGAUCUCCGCGAGACAGAUCUGAAAGAGAUUCGAGACGUAAGAGGAAACGUUCCAGGUCUAAAUCUCCCCAAGUUCCGUCAAAGCAGGACAAGCGGCGUGAUGACGCGCCAAACGAUGAAACUAAGACGGCUCCAGUGAGAAAAGCUAAAGAAACCGAUAUGCUUAACACAAGAACUGGUGGCGCGUACAUUCCCCCGGCGCGUCUUCGCAUGAUGCAAGCUCAGAUCACAGACAAAUCUUCCGUCGCGUACCAGAGACUCGCUUGGGAAGCCCUCAAGAAGUCUAUACAUGGACACAUUAACAAGAUCAACGUCGGAAACAUCGGUAUUAUUAUUAAAGAGCUUUUAAAAGAAAAUAUAGUUCGGGGGCGUGGUUUACUGAGUCGUUCAGUUAUACAAGCCCAAGCAGCUUCACCAACGUUUACGAAUGUUUAUGCUGCUCUGGUAGCUGCGGUCAAUUCGCGUUUUCCUAAUAUAGGAGAGCUGUUACUAAAGAGGUUAGUUAUUCAGUUCAAAAGAGGUUUUAAGAGAAAUGAUAAACCUACCUGUAUAUCGUCAGCAUCCUUUAUAGCUCAUCUUGUGAAUCAAAGAGUUGCACAUGAAAUUCUGGCUUUGGAACUCUUGACACUAUUAGUCGAAACACCAACAGACGAUUCUGUUGAGGUGGCUAUUGCAUUUUUAAAGGAGUGUGGUCAGAAACUUACAGAAGUAUCUUCUAAAGGUGUUAAUGCCAUAUUUGAGAUGCUAAGAAACAUACUGCAUGAGGGUCAGUUGGACAAGAGAGUGCAGUACAUGAUAGAAGUAAUGUUCCAAGUGUGGAAGGAUGGUUUCAAGGAUCACCCUGCAGUCUUAGAGGAACUGGAGUUAGUCCCUGAGGAAGAGCAGUUCACUCACCUUUUGAUGUUGGAUGACGCUACUGAUCCACAGGAUAUCCUGAAUGUAUUUAAAUUUGACGAUAAGUAUGAAGAAAAUGAACAAAAGUAUAAAGCUUUGAGUAAGGAAAUUCUUGGGUCUGAUGCCGAAUCUGGAGAUGAAGACGGGUCGGGUGAGUCUGGUAGUGAGGAGUCAGAUGAUGAGGAAGAGGAAAAAGAAAAAGGUGUCACCAUUAUCGACAACACUGAAACAAAUCUUGUCGCUUUACGAAGAACGAUAUAUUUGACUAUCAACUCAAGUUUGGACUUUGAGGAAUGUGCUCACAAACUGAUGAAAAUGCAGCUAAAACCAGGUCAGGAGAUUGAACUCUGUCACAUGUUUCUCGACUGUUGUGCCGAGCAGAGGACUUAUGAGAAGUUCUAUGGGCUCCUGGCCCAACGAUUUUGUAACAUUAAUCGGAUUUACAUCGGGCCAUUUGAAGAAAUUUUCAAAGACUCUUACUCUACAGCACAUAGACUGGACACUAACCGACUAAGAAAUGUGAGCAAGUUUUUCGCUCAUCUUUUAUUCACUGAUUCAAUAAGUUGGGAAGUUCUUGAAUGUGUUAAACUUAAUGAAGAAGACACGACGAGUUCAAGUAGAAUUUAUAUCAAGAUCCUAUUUCAAGAGCUGGCUGAAUACAUGGGCUUGAAGAAACUCAACGACCGUUUAAAGGACCCAACAUUACAGGAGGCGUUCUCUGGUGUGUUCCCGAGAGACAAUCCUAAAAACACCAGGUUCUCUAUCAACUUCUUCACAUCGAUUGGUCUGGGAGGUCUUACCGAUGAACUUAGAGAACACUUAAAACAGAUGCCGAAGAACAUACCCCCACCAAUAACUGAGAUCAACCUAGACAGCGAGUCCAGUUCUGACUCCAGCUCCAGUUCUAGCUCAGACAGCUCAUCAUCAUCUAGUGACUCAAGCUCUACCGAUUCUGAUGAAGAAGACAAACAAAAAGAGAAAAAGCGAAAAAAGAAGAAUAAAACAAAAACUCCUAAAACACCAGAACCUGAGCAAACUGCUAAUAAGGAAAGCGAAAAGGUUGAAAGAUGGGGUCACGAAGGAUUUUACGAAACAUAUGGAGCUGAUGCAAGAAGGAAAGAUUCAAGAUCUCACCGAGAAAAGAAUGACUAUUCACAACCUAGAAGUGGUGAUGAAAGGCAUAGAGAUUUUGAAAGAAAAAAUGAUCGCGAAAGAACGGAUGGUAUUAGAAGACGAGAAGAACGGAGAGGCCAAGAUGCCGGAGAUGAUGAAAAUAUUAGAAAUAAUGAUGAAGGUACAGAUAGAAGGAGAAAUAGAAACUAUGAUCAAAACAUUGAUAGAAGAAGAAAUACAAACAAUGAUGAAGAGACAGAUUAUAGAAGAAACCGAAAUAAUGAUGAGAUAGACAGAAGGAGGAAUAGAAAUAACAAUGAAGAUGCUGACAGGAGAAAUAAAAAUUACAAUGAAGAGUUUGAUAGGAGAAGAAAUAAAGAUAACAACGAAGAUAUUGAUAGUAGGAGGAAUAAAAAGAGUGAUAAAGAAGUAGACACAAGAAGGAAUAGGAACUGCGACGAGGACGAAGACAGAAGGAGAAAUAAGAAUAGCGAUGAAGAUGAAGAGAGAAGGAGAAACAGGAAUAACGAUGAAUAUGAAGAUAGACGAAAAAAUAGGAAUAACGACGAAGGUGAAGAGAGAAGAAGAAAUAGGAAUAAAGAUGAAGGUGAAGAGAGAAUCAGAAACAGGAAUAACGAUGAAGAUGAAGAUAGAAGAAGAAAUAGGAAUAAAGAUGAAGGUGAAGAGAGAAGAAGAAAUAAGAAUAACGAUGAAGACGAAUAUAGGAGAAGAAAUAGAAAUAACGAUGAAGAUGAAGAUAGAAGAAGAAACAGGAAUAACAUUGAUAGUGAAGAUAAAAGAAGAAGUAAGAAUAACGCUGAAGAUGGAGAAAGGAGAAAAAAUAAAAAAAGCGAUGAAUUCGUAGACAGAAGACAAAAUAUGAAUUAUGAUGAAAAUGACAAUAGCGAGAGAAAUAAGAAAAAUAAAGAAGGUGCAGACAGGAAAAGGAAUAAAAAUUAUGAUGAAGAAAUGGAUAGACAGAAUAGCGGAAGAGAGCAUCGAGACUAUCGAGAUGAAUAUAGUAAUCAAAAUAGAGAGCGUCAAAGUGAUACUAACAAAACUCGUGAUCGUAAUUACGAUAUAGAGAAAAAUAAUCCAGAAUAUUCUAAGAGUAAAUAUAAUAAAGGUGACGAUGACAGAAAUGUUCGCGAAAGCGACAAAAUAAAAAAGAAAGGUAAGGAUAACGACAAAUAUAAAAAUAAAUACAAAGAAAAUGCAGCCAAAAAUGAAAACCAAUCAAGUAGCGAUGAAGAGGAUCAAAAUCAAAAGAAAGAGAAGAAUAAAAAAGCAAAGAAAAAGGUUUCCAAAAAUAUUAAAACUGAUAAUAAAAACAAAAAACGUGAAAAGGAAAAGAAAAGAAACAAAGAAACUGUCCAGAGUAGUAGCAGCAGUGACAGUGAGAGUGACAGUAGCACCAGUAGCAGUAGCAGUAGUAGCAGUAGCGAUUCUGAUUCCGAUUCUAAAGCCAGCAAUAAGAAUGAUUUAGGAGGACGUUACUGGGAUAACUUUGAUAUAGAAACCAAAAAGGCCGUUAAAUCAAAAGAAAUUUUUGAAGGAAGAACGCCAGAAAAAAGUGAAAAGAAUUACGAAAGAAGGCGAGAACGCUAAAUCACAUCUUGAAUGCAUGAAAUAAUUUUAUAUGUAAUUAGUGUUACGUUUGUAAAUAUUGAUAGACUUAAUUUUAUAAUAUGUAAUAAUAAAAAGAGUAGUAUUAA